CUUUCUCUUUUCAUUUUCAUUACAAAGUUUUUUUAAGAAAUUGGCAUAAUGAUCCAUGUUCUCCUGCUAUUUUCUCUCUGUUUUUCAGAUUAUGGUUUUAUACAAGGAGUUAAUUCUUUAGGCAUCAAUUAUGGCCAAGUUGGCGACAAUUUGCCUCCACCUGACAAGGUUCUUGAUCUCUUGAGCUCCCUUAAGCUCACAAAAGCAAGAAUCUACGACACCAAUCCUCAGAUUUUAACAACAUUUGCCAACUCCAACAUUGAGGUUAUCGUCACAGUUGAAAACCAAAUGUUACCCGUCGUAGUGGAUCCCCAGCAAGCACUACAAUGGGUUAGUACCCAUAUCAAGCCUUAUUUUCCAGCCACCAAGAUCACCGGGAUCGCCGUCGGAAAUGAGAUCUUCACCGACGACGACACGUCGCUACUAGGAUAUCUUGUCCCCGCCAUAGUCAGUAUCCAUGGUGCUUUAGCUCAAUUAGGCUUAGAUAAGUACAUUCAGGUUUCGACAUCCAAUUCAUUAGCGGUUCUGGAGGAAUCUUACCCUCCUUCAGCUGGUAGUUUCAAGGGCGAGGUCUCGAGUGUCAUGUCACGGUUUUUGCAGUUCUUGUCCAGCACCGGUUCCCCAUUUUGGAUCAAUGCCUACCCGUAUUUUGCUUACAAGGAUUCCCCGGACAAGAUUUCGUUGGACUAUGCUCUUCUCAACAAGAACCCAGGAAUGGUCGACCCUUACACCAAGCUCCACUAUGACAACAUGUUAUACGCGAUGGUAGACGCGGUCGUUUGCGCCAUGUCUAGGUUGGGUUACAAUGGGAUCGAGGUGAGGGUUUCGGAGACGGGGUGGCCAUCGAAGGGGGACCCUAAUGAGGUCGGAGCUACGGUCCAGAAUGCGGCAUCUUACAACAGGAAUUUGUUGAGGAGGCAGAUGAGUAAUGAGGGGACACCUUUGAGACCAAAGAUGAGGUUGGAAGUGUAUUUGUUUGCUUUGUUCAAUGAAGAUUUGAAGCCCGGACCGACAUCAGAGAGGAACUACGGUCUCUUUCAACCUGAUGGAACUAUUGCUUACAAUGUGGGACUCUCUGCCUUGGCAACAUCAUCGGCUUCUAUUUCUCUUACUUCCUCUGCCACCAAGGCCUUGAGGGUGGAAUAUCAAGACUCGGUGUCAUGGAUGUUUGUGCACUUGCUGGCUUUCCAAGUUUUCAUGAGAAGACAACAUUAAGCAAAAUGAUGACUUCAUCCGCAUGUAAAUAUUACAUUUUGGUAAGUAAGAAAAAUUGGGGUUUCUUUUUUAUGUCAUUUCUCAUUCCUGAA